UUUUUUAAACUAUAUUACUAUAUUACACCUUUAUUUCGUCUUGAUUACUGCCUGUCAGAGUUAACUACUCACUUUUCGCAUCCAUUUCCCCUUUGUUUACUAAUUUGAUACAGGUUAAGAGUUUUCUUGAUCGGGUGCCGUCCACAAACUAUAGCCAAGCCUCCUCCCCCUCCUCCUCCUGCCCCAAAUGUCAAAAUAUACUAGAGUCUACAACAAAAGGAUUAAAAACAUACUCCCAUUGCUAGUUAUUCUAGUCUUGAUUGUAUGGACAGGUAGGCAGUACCUAACAGAAGCUGUUGUUCAAAUGAAACUAGAAAAUGCUGCCCUUUUACACCACAAAUAUAGCAACUUCAAUCCCAAAUCCAUAGCAAUAAAUCUAUUGCAACAUAUAAACCAACAAACUAGCAGCAAUACUACUGGGAUAUACUUUCAUUGGGAUG